AGAACAAGGUAACAUUUGCACCAAAAUCAAAACUUGAGACAUAUCUCCAGAGUCUAGAAUGACUAACAUGUCGUCAAUGUCAGUUUCAGUCCCCAAUAUGUCUAAUUUUCAGCCAACGAAGGCUUGGAGGCCGUUAGCUUGGACUGAUGAGAAGAUCCUGGAGAAAGUUUACGUAACCCACGUCCUCACCGCUGAGAAGCACGAUGUGGAAUCGCUUUUCAAUGUUACUUCAAACAUUAUCAGGCGUUCCGCCGCAGUUGCUGACAGUGUUACAGGCACAGCUAAGACUAGUACACCUGUUGGUCUUAUAGAAGACAAGGCUCCCUUACCCAAUUUUGAUCCACCGCUCCGUAAACUGAAGCAAAUUGCUUCUCAGAUGAUGAACACACCUCAGGGUGAGCAUCAUGCUCAUGAGACAACAAUGUCGAUACUGGAACAGCUUAAAAGCCAUAGUUGGGAUGGAAAAGCAAUAUUUGCUCUGGCUGCUUUUGCUUUGGAAUAUGGGAAUUUCUGGCACCUUGUCCAGGUUCCUAGUGGAGAUCAACUUGGAAGAUCAUUAGCACAGAUGAAUCGAGUUCAAACCAUCGAAAGGAAUAGGCAAGCUAUUGCUGAUCAUAAUACUUUGGUCAAGAACGUGUUGUUGGUCGUUGAGUGUAUCACUGAGCUGGAGAGGCUGUUCGCCAAAGUUUAUGACACAAAGGAUGUGCCAGCAUUGACAGAAGCCAUGCAAGAGAUCCCUGUUGCUGUCUACUGGGCAAUCAUCACCACUGUAGUUUGUGCUAAUCAUCUUGAUCUCCUCACCGGUGGUGAUUCGGAGGACAGAUAUGAAAUAUCAAAUUUUGAUGUCAAGCUUGCCUCCGUUAUCACAAAAUUAAAGGGGCAUCUCACGAGGAGCAGAAAGAAAAUAGCUGAACUAGAAGAUUACAGGAGACGUCAGAAGGUCUUUCAAACUCCAACAGAAAUUGUAGAGGUUUUGAAGGUUCUGAUCUUCCACAAUGAAAUUCAGGACCCAAUGGUGUUUGAUGGCUUGAAUAGACAAAUGGUUAGCAUCGAAGUGUUCAGGAAGAAGAAUGUUUUAUUGUUCAUUUCAGGCCUCGACAGCAUCAGAGAUGAGAUCCGGCUCCUACAAUCUAUCUAUUUCGGAUUGCAAGAAGAUCCUCAAGACGUGAAAGGUUACAGGAAAGCUGAUUUUAAGAUUUUGUGGGUCCCCAUCGUGGAUGAGUGGAACCUUUUUCACAAGGCAGAAUUUGAUAAUCUGAAGCUUGAAAUGCCAUGGUAUGUGGUUGAGUACUUCUAUCCCUUAGCAGGAAUCAGAUUGAUAAGAGAGUACAUGAACUAUCAGAAUAAGCCUAUCAUCCCUGUGUUGAACCCUCGAGGAGAGGUGGUAAACUAUAAUGCAAUGCACAUGAUUUUCGUAUGGGGGAUCGAUGCCUUCCCUUUCAGGCCCACUGAUGAUGAGGUACUUACUCAGAAAUGGAAUUGGUUUUGGGCCGAAAUGAAGAAAGUGAAUCCAAAAUUACAAGACAUUAUUAAAGGGGAUACUUUCUUCUUCAUCUAUGGAGGCAAGGACAAUCAAUGGAUGCAAGAGUUCACGGUGGCAGUGGAGAAAUUCAAAAGGCACGAGUUUAUCAAGAAAGCAGAUGCCAUCAUAGAGCACUAUCCAUUUGGAAAAGAGGAUCACAGGAUCGUUCCUCGCUUCUGGAUUGGCAUAGAGAGCUUGUUCGCGAACAUGAUCUUGAAGAAGAAAAAAGAUCCCACGAUCGAAGAGAUAAAGAGCUUGCUCUGCCUCAAACAAGACCAACCAGGAUGGGUUCUUCUUAGUAAAGGUUCAAACGUGAAGCUUCUGGGUCGUGGUGACGAGAUGUUGGCAACUGCAGUGGAUUUUGAGCUAUGGAAAGAUAAAGUGUUGGAGAGAGCAGGGUUUGAUGUAGCUUUCAAAGAAUACUAUGAGCGCAAGCGGAGAGAUUUUCCAACACAGUGUGCGCAUAUGCAAUUGGCUAACUAUCCUUCGAAUAUUCUUGACCCGAUUAAUUGCCCAGAUCAAACAUGUGGGCGAUCUAUGGAGAUUGAAUCUGUUAGUUACAAAUGCUGCCAUGGUCACAGCCACAAAGCUGAAGUUCCUGCAGAGAGUGGUGUUGUUAAGAUUGAGAAAAAGUACUCUCCCUGAGUUUGGUUAACUUGGAGUUUGCCUGGAGUAACUAAAAUGUUUGGCAUUAGUUUGUGUGCACCGUUAUAUUUUUAUUUUUAUUUCGCGUGUCAGUUCAGUCAUGGCUUCUUGGGGUUGUUCAGAAUAAUGGCAUCAAACAUCUGUAAUCUGUUACAUGCUAUUGAGUUCAAUAAAUUAGAAAGAAACGAGUUCAA